AUGCUGACAGUGGAGUCCCAAUCUCAACCCAUUUUGCAAGGUCAAGAUGUAACAGGUGAACGAUGGCCCUUUGAUACAAUAGAUGCAUCAGAAAUUGACAUGCUGCAUGCUGAUCUUGAGGCCAAGGACCAAGAAAUCGCGAGGCUGAAGGCAACACUUAAGGAGGUGUUAGUGCCAAAAAAGUCGCCGGGACCUCAACAACCUUCUGUCAAAAUGACAAACGAUGAGCAUCAUAUUGCUGAUGUUGCCCGUCGUUAUGCAUUCACUGUGAAUGCAUACUUUGGUCCUCAGCUGUUCCGGGUUCACCUAAGUGCAGAAUGGAACCCAGAAAGGCGAUGGGAUUGUGAAUUUAUCGAGGAGGGCCACCUACGUGAAUUCCAAGACUGGCCAAUGCUACCAGAUUUGAUAAGAAAUCAAAUUUCUCAAUGGGCGAUUCAGAAAAGGAUUACCAACAGCACGGGUGAAAUACGGCAUCGACUAAAGCACUGGAUCCUCGAGAAUGAUUUAACCGGUAGGCUUAUCUUCCCGUUCUGGGAUUGGAUGGAGGGGCCUCUUUGGGGAUGUGAAAUGGCAAAAGUACUACGGGGAAUCCGGGACCCAAAAGGGAAAUAUCCAGAUAAUCCCCCAGUCUUGUUCCCCCCCGAACACAAAGAUGAUCCACGGUUCCUGAUGAACUCACCCUAUGUCACCGAGGGAAUCAGGGCACUACUGUUUGCCACUGGUACACCACUGUUUAAUACUGAUGGCGAUGAUAUCACUCUUGAUCAAUUGGCAUGGAACCACUGUGCAGCAAAUUGUACAGCGAAGAAGUAUAACAUAGUCGAGGUUACCCCUGGACUUGUAGCAUUGUCUGCUGUGUCGAUGAACAAUGACGAAACGGAAAUGAAUCUUGAUUUUGAGAGACAGCUGGAGGAGAGCAUGAGGGGCAGGAUUCUCCCAGGUGGUGGUUCAGCUCAUAUAUCAGUCUCUGAACAUCGUGGAAGUCAAGGGCCUCAAAUACUGCCCCUUUUCAUUAGCGAUGAUGACACUCUCACUUUGAUUUCUGGCAGUGAAGAUGGGCCCCGUGUCAGUAAUAAUGGGGCUCCUAAUGAUGCCACAACUUGUAACAAUGCCACCACUCAGCAGGAGAACAGCCUCUCUCUGGAUGAGCCUGAAGCCAAAGGAUCAUCGCAUCGCCCAUCAGAUUUGGACUUAGGUGCUUCAGAACUUCAAGAAAGUCCACAAAAAAGCAUGCAACGCAGAUUACGGAGCCAGAGGCUGGGUCCGAAAAGACAUGAGGAUGCUUGUGAUGACCAGUGUGAGGUUGCUAUGCUUCGGAAGGAGAUGCAAGAAUCAGAAAACCAACAAUUAAUGGGAGGCUUUAAGUGUAGAAGAGAGGACACCUUUACCUCAAACAGCCCUUCUGCUGGCUAUUCCCAUACUACUCCUGUGCCUACACAGGCUGGAGCUUCUCAGAUGGAAGCUUCUGGGGGUCCUGAAACAUCACCCCCCAGUCUGAUGUGGAGUCAAGAGCCUAUGCAGGAGGGAAGUGUGGCAGGUGGACACCCACACUCAGAUAUGCAAUUAUUGCCAAGUGAGGAUUCCUGGAUACGUGUUGAGUGUCACCCUCGAUGUCCUGAGAUGUUGGAUGCAACUUCCCGCUUAUCGCAGAUUUCGAGCGAUAUGGAGCCCUAUCACCUGUUUACAUCCCUUGAAGACUUUAUCUUUGCAGACAACUGUGUCCGAAACCUUGUCAAGGCCGAGGCAAUUGACAUAUUUCUUCAGCAACAUGCGCAAAUCCCAAAUUCCCCCAUUACGCUAAAAAAUUCGAAACAAAUGUUCAAUAUACUCGAUCACGCUGAAAGAGAGAACAAAGGAAGGUCAGUUGGGAGGUUCAAACGAGACCACCACCAAGCUGUUCCCUGGUUCUUUAGUUAG